GAAAUUUGGAAGUCAGUAUAUAAUAUAUCGUUAGUCCGUAAACACGUGAUUAUUAGCAAGGAUUUUUUUGUUUAUAUUUGAAAUCACUAAAUGAUAUGGAUCGUCAGGAUGGGCGCAAGGUCACAUUCGAAGAAGCAUUGAACGAAGCAGGUUUUGGGCUGUAUAGCGUGGUCCUCCUCAGCCUGUCUGGUCUUAUUAUAAUAUCUCUGGUUUGUAUAGCUUACGCCAGCACUAUUAUAGUUCCAGCUAGUGCUUGCGAGCUGGAAACUACGACCUCGCAAAAGGGACUUUUAGCGGCUGUUCCUGUCAUUGCUUUACUACUGGGGGCUGUGCCAUGGGGCUACCUCACAGAUAUCUACGGACGCAAGAGAAUGCUUAUCAUCUUACUUUCCUCCUCAGCCGUAUUUAACGGCUUAGCUUCUAUAUCCGUAAACUGGAUCAUGUUGUUAAUCUUACAGUUUUUAUCUACGUUUUUCUCAUCGGGCCAGUUUUCUCAAGCUAUGUCCAUUCUUAGCGAAAGUGUUCCAAUGGCUAAUCGAAAUAUAGUAGUGUUGCUUGUUGGAAGUAUUUUCUUACUCUCGCAGGGAAUUAUGGCAUUGAUGGCAAUACCAAUUAUUCCUCUUUCUUUCUCGUAUUACAUGCCAACACUGGGCAUAUACUGGAACUCCUGGCGAUCUCUUUUGCUUUUAUAUAGCGCUCCAAGCUUAAUAUCAAUAAUAGGCUUAUUAUUUAUAUCUGAAAGUCCAAAGUUCCUCUUUAACAAAGGUUUAGAGAGAGAGGCUUUGUCUGUUGUGAGUCGAAUUCACAAAAUAAAUAAUAUAUGGUCGAAAAAGGAAUUUCCUGUUUUAGACAUCCAAAGAGACAGACCACAGACCACAGAGACUAAAACAGCGCUUACGGACACAUUUAGUUCCUUGUUCAAGAGACCGUUACUUAAAAAUACAAUAAUUCUAUCUACCCUAUUCUUAUUUCAACAGGUGGGAUCAUUCGUGUUGUGGCUGCCGACAGUAUCAAACCAAUUCGUCCGUAUUCUAGAGACCGGGGAGGGAUCUGAUCUCACACUCUGUGCAAUAAUACGUUCUAGUAUUAACACACCACCAGACACUACCACCGCGCCCUGCGCCUUGAAUGUCACCUCCUUAUUGCUCGUGCUAUCAGUUAGCGCACUACAAUCUAUUGCAAAUGGCCUCAUAAGUUUGAUAAUAAACCGGACAGGUCGUCGAAAUGUGGUGAUAUGUGUAACAGCAUUCUGCGGAAUAGCGGGAAUCCUGGUCAAUUUCGUCCCAAACGCCAUCGGCAGCGCUGUUCUUUACAUCGUGUUCCUCAUUGGGAUUAUUGCUCUGGGCUUAUACUCCGCGAUCGCGGUCGCGUUGUUCCCCACCUAUUUGAGGGCCUUGGCGGUUGCGUUUACUAUGACAAUUGGUCGUAUAGGAACUUUUGUGUCAGUGCAAGUUCUAAAUCGCUUACUUAACGAUAACUGUGAAAUUAGUUUCUAUAUUUACGGUGGUAUAUUCGCAUCUUCAGCUAUAGUUGCUGCCUUUCUAGUCGAUGAUCGUCAGUUGCAACCAAAAAAAAUAUUGGAAUAGAACGUAAUUGGGAAGCAAUUAACAUCUCUAAUUAGAAUCUGUAAUAGAAAAGUUUACAUCAUUUAUAG